CUCUUGUCGUCUGCUGCGAUUUGAGCAACCAAUGAAUGGGAUUUUCAGUACUCGCGCAGUCGCAACUGUCUCCGCCGACUUCGCCUGAACGAAUUGAAGCAUAGUUGCCGACAUUGAGAUUCUUCGUUAAGAUCAAUUAAGAGAAUCGUUUUCUCGUUCGCUGGAUCAACAACUCCAGAUUAAUUCCAACACUAGACAGUGCAAGACAGUGCCUGACCAGCCUGACUACUUCGGAAGGAUAAUGUCAGACAUAGCUGGAAAGGUUAUCAAAUGCAAAGCUGCGGUAGCAUGGAAGCAAAAGGAACCUUUAUCCUUGGAAGAAAUUGAGGUAGCACCGCCUAAAGCACAUGAAGUCCGAAUCAAAAUAGUAGCUGUGGCACUUUGUCAUACAGAUGCUUAUACUCUAGAUGGAUUAGAUCCAGAAGGAAUAUUUCCUUGUAUACUUGGUCAUGAAGGCAGUGGUAUCGUAGAAAGUGUCGGAGAGGGUGUCACCGAAUUUCAGCCUGGUGAUCAUGUUGUACCACUUUACAUUCCUCAAUGUGGAGAUUGUAAAUUCUGCAAAUCACCGAAAACAAAUUUAUGCAGUAAAAUUCGCGAAACUCAGGGUAAGGGUUUAAUGCCCGACGGCACGUCUCGUUUUACAUGUAAGGGACAAACACUCGCACACUUUAUGGGUUGCUCCACCUUUUCUGAAUAUACAGUUGUAGCUGAUAUUUCUCUCGCAAAGAUUAAUCCUAAAGCACCGUUGGACAAGAUAUGCUUGUUGGGUUGUGGAAUAUCUACAGGUUAUGGCGCAGCUUUAAAUACUGCCAAAGUAGAACCAGGAAGCACUUGUGCUAUAUGGGGUUUAGGAGCUGUUGGUCUUGCAACAGUCUUCGGUUGCAAAAAAUCUGGUGCAUCUCAUAUUAUUGGGAUAGAUGUCAAUUCGACCAAAUUUGACCAAGCUAAAACUUUUGGCUGCACAGAAUGUGUUAAUCCUAAGGAUUAUGAUAAACCCAUUCAGCAGGUAUUAAUUGAAAUGACUGAUGGUGGAUUAGAUUAUACUUUUGAAUGUGUUGGAAAUGUAAAUACUAUGAGAGCUGCAUUAGAAUCCUGCCACAAAGGAUGGGGUACAUCAAUAAUAAUAGGAGUAGCCGCAGCUGGCCAAGAAAUCAGUACUAGACCAUUCCAAUUGGUCACAGGACGAGUAUGGAAAGGGACCGCAUUUGGUGGAUGGAAAUCAAAGCAAAGCGUGCCGAAAUUGGUGGAGCAGUAUCUGUCAAAAGAAUUGAUUCUCGAUGAAUUUAUUACACAUAAUCUUCCAUUUGAAAAAAUUAACGAAGGUUUUAAUAUUUUGCAUUCAGGAAACUGUUUGAGAGCCGUCCUUAAAUACUAAAAACGUUGGUUUUUAUCUUGUACUGCAAAAAUACAGCCUACUGACCAGUGUCUUUCACAAUUUAUUAAAAAGUGCUUCAUAACAUGUACAUGUACAUGAACACAUGAAUAUCAUACUAUCCCAUUUGUUUGUUAUAAAUUUGUAUUGAAUCUCUGGAAAUGAAAGAUGGUAAAUAAACUUUAUAUUUACUAUACCAUACUCUCAACAAGAACAUCUCCCCGAUUUCUACAACAAUCUUUAUUCAUAAAGAAUUCUUACAGCCACAUGUACAAUACCGAUUAAGUGAGAUAUUUACGGUAGCUCUUGAAUGAAGUAAAAAUUCUUUACGCUUUGAUCAAGUGCAUACCUUACAAAAAUCAUCAUGGUACGAAGAUCACUGACGAUGAUUUUCAUUGUAUAUAAUCAUAUAUAUAUAUACAAUAUGCAAGACUCGAUAAAACUAUUUUACGUUCGCUUGUAGUUAUAUUAAUUAGUCUAGGUCGACAAUACAAUAAGUCAGGCGGAAUGCAAAUUGCGCUCGAUGCAGGAAGGAAUAUGCGUUAGCUCAUUGCGGACGAUGUCGUUUAUCAGUUAAAUAUGUAGAUAUAUUUUUAAAGUGUCAUCUACAUACUUUAAUGCGUAAGUUUAACACGCCAUGUCCAUUAAGGCAAGACAUUAUUGAUGAAUUGACAAAAUGAUAUUAAGUUAUUCUUCGAAUAAAAAUAAUAUAAAAAUGCACAAUUUGUUAUAAAACUCGAUAUAGUCGAUGAAAUCACAAAGAUUGCCGUGCAAUCACGAGCCGUCGAAAUAAAACGCAUUGGUAGAAAAAAAAGAUAAAAUGUACAUUCUGUUUGACGUGUUUAAAAAUCUCGGUACAUACAACAAUGUUGUCUUUGAUCAAUAUACACGACGAGUAUUAUUUUCCCUGAAUACUUCGUAGAAGGAAUGCAUGUCGAAGUGUGUGAAACGCGUUAGGCUUGCAAAAUGAAUUAUCACUUUUCAUUCUAAAUGAGACACGUGUAGUUUUUGCAUCGACUAUUUCUACGUAAAUUGCCUUCUAACGCUAAGGGCAUAUUCACAUAGUCACACUGAUCUUUUUUUUCUUUUUUUUCUACGGAUUACAUGUUACUCUAAUAUCUACGGUGUACCACACACUCUUUAAGUAAAAGUUGUAAGUAAAAAUGCUUAUAAUUACAGUAAAUGCAGACGAAUCACGACGUCGAACAUUUUCUAGCUUCGUAGAAAACAACUCUCAGCAUUGCACGAUGGAUGUCGUUUCCGAUUGCGUAAAGAAUCCUAAUGCUCCGCGCGAACUGAGUCGCGCAAUGUAUAAUAGAGACAUAAUAAUAUUUCACGUUAUUUUCUAAGCGAUCUCACAUUUUUCUUAACAACCAGCUCGACGUCCUAUGAUCGUGAUUGAACUGCGUAGUAUGAAAUAGAUCAUUAACGAGUACGAAAUAGGUCGUUCUUUAUUCUGUAUAUCUUAUACUAAUUUUAUAACGUAAAAUGGCUGAGGGAAAGAAGAAUAACUUAAAGAACUCUAAGCUUGCCCGAGAGAAUAUAAUAAAUAAGCGGAAUAACGGUGAGAUUUUCUAUACCGCGUUCGGCGAAACACAGCCGAAAGUGAAGUAGUAAGUGCUACGAAAACCUAUUUGCUUCGAGUGAUUCAACUAAGUUUCAACGUGCAAGUGUGACAGUAGCAGAAUGACUUCACACAUCCGCCCGCCUCUUCUUCCCGCUCUCGUAUCUUUUUUUCUCAACCAGUUUGAUUUUGUUCGGUUGCUGCAUUGUUAUCACGUAAUUCAUAUUAUUCAUAAUUAACAUUAUGUUUCAAUAUUAUAAUUGUUAAU